ACCAGUGCCAAUUGUCAAUUCGUUUUAAUGCCGCUUAAUAUCGCUGCUAAUCAGGACGAAUUAAAGAAAAUUGUCGAUCGCGAUUCGCGACCAGCGCUCUCGCACAACGCGCCUUUCCGAAGCAAUUAGAAUUCGCCGUCGCGAAUAAUAUAAUCAACUUCAUCAAACGCAAUCAGCAUUAAUCACAUCAAAACUUUUAAAAUUAGUGCGAAGUAAUGGAAGGCCAAGGAUUUGAGGACCACACCUUCAACGACUACGCCGGUCAACCUUUGCCAUCGUUAAACUCCACACUGCUGAAGAAUCAACAACCACCACAGGAUAACAACCUGAAUGUGCAUUCGAUUCAGGUGAUGUUGGGUCUUCAACAAGGACAUGAACUCUUUGCUAAUAUGGGUACCAUGGGUGGUCAGAUGGAUUAUAAGGGAUCACCACAGAAGUUGGACUCACCUGGUAUGCAUCAGGAGCUGGGAAUGUUUAAUCUGGAGAAUAACAAUACUCCACAAGUGGGAUCUACGAAUGGUGGAGGUGUGAAACGUAAAAAUGAAGAAAUGAUGCAGAAUCAACAAAAUCUCAGUUCGAAUGAAAUCGGUACCACUACAAGCAAUAAGAAAAACGACAAGAAAAAAGGGGAUAACAAUGGAGUAAAGAAAAAGAAAACAAGAACUACAUUCACAGCGUUCCAACUUGAAGAGCUAGAAAGAGCUUUUGAACGUGCUCCCUACCCUGACGUCUUUGCUCGUGAAGAACUAGCACUAAAACUAAAUCUCUCCGAGUCACGUGUACAGGUGUGGUUCCAGAAUCGUCGCGCCAAAUGGCGCAAACGUGAACCGCCACGUAAAACUGGUUACAUAACCACCAACUCACCAUCUUCAAGCAUCACCAACUUCCAGAAUGGUCUUAGUCCUUUCACACAAUCACAAAGUAUAAACUCGAUCAAUUCCUCGGCGCCUGUUGAUACCUGGAGUUAUCAACAACCUACCUAUGACAUUGGACACUUGAAUCUCAUCAACUCACCGCCCAGUUACCAAAAUUUUGGGUCCCCUCAAGGUGGAUAUUCCUACAUGUUGAAUUCGCAUGAUAAUCAGCUGUUUGGUGCACCAUUGAGGACUCAUGAAUACCCAACUCCUACUCUUGGUAAUUCCAGUCCUCCGCCGGGUUUGAACCGGGAGUAUUCCAUGCUGCAGACGCAUAGUCCCAAUGGUGAUGAUAAUUCACUCGGUGGAAAGAUUGAAUAUGUGGGACAUAUGAAUGGAUCACCUGAACGUUAUGGUAAUUUAUCACCGAAAUAUGAUCCUAGUUUGAUGCAUGAGGUUAAGGAGUAUGACCAGAGGAUAAAAGAGAUUAAAAUCGAGCCGAAUGGUAGUCAGACUUAUGUUACCCUGCCGCCAUUUUAGAAUGUUGUUAAUUGUGUGCCAUUUUAUAAUAUUUUUGUAGUUUUGUAAGAAAAUAGCGCUAACUGAGCAAAAUAUCCAAAAUAAAUGUUAUAUAGAGUAAAUAUAAUGAACAGAGGCCACCGAUGUGCAUUAAAAGAAGCAAUUUUGCUUGAAACUGUCAAAAUUGCGUUUGUAGCUUAAAAUUAAGAAAAUAUAUACAUAAUUAAAGAUUGUGUAAGUUAAUACGAUGUACAUAAUUAUUAUUGUUUGUUUUUAUACUGUGUAUAUGUGAAUUAUUGUGCCAUUUGUAAUCGACUUGUUUUAAAAAUACAUUUUUAAUAGUCA